CCCCCCCCCCCCCCCGCCGCCGCCGCUGCUCUUGCUGAGGUUACAUCAGACAUGACUACGUGAAUAACCAGGGAUAAGCCAAAGGUGGGACAGGAUGUCAGAAUAACGUACAAAACAUUUUUGAGGGCGAGGCCAGCACACCAUGCAGUCAUCAGGGCACCGCUUCCGCGAUGUCGAGCACCACCCGCUCCUGGCCGACAAUGAGAGCUACGACUCCUCCUCCUCCUCCUCGGAGGCUGACAUGGCUGAGAGGGUCUGGUUCAUCAGGGAUGGCUGUGGCAUGGUCUGUGCCAUCAUGACCUGGCUCCUGGUGGUCUAUGCAGACUUUGUAGUGACUUUUGUCAUGUUGCUGCCUUCCAAAGACUUUUGGUACUCCGUGAUCAACGGGGUUCUCUUCAACUGCUUGGCAGUGCUGGCUCUGUCGUCGCAUCUGAGGACUAUGCUGACUGAUCCAGGGGCUGUGCCCAAAGGAAAUGCCACUAAAGAAUACAUGGAUAAUUUGCAACUGAAACCAGGAGAAGUGAUCUACAAAUGUCCCAAGUGCUGUAGUAUCAAACCUGAGCGUGCACACCACUGCAGUAUUUGCAAGCGAUGCAUCCGAAAGAUGGAUCACCACUGCCCGUGGGUGAAUAAUUGUGUGGGGGAGAAAAAUCAGAGAUUUUUUGUUCUGUUUACGAUGUACAUAGCCCUAAUUUCAGCUCAUGCUCUUGUACUCUGUGGAUUUCAGUUCUUCUCCUGUGUCCGAGGGCAGUGGACUGAGUGCAGCGACUUCUCCCCACCUGUAACUGUGAUCCUGAUGAUCUUCUUGUGCCUUGAGGGUUUUCUGUUUCUCACUUUCACUGCAGUCAUGUUUGGCACCCAAAUCCACUCGAUAUGCAAUGAUGAAACGGAGAUUGAGAGACUGAAGAGUGAAAAGCCAACGUGGGAGCGCAGGCUGCGCUGGGAAGGGAUGAAAUCCGUUUUUGGGGGCCAGCCCUCCCUCCUGUGGAUCAACCCUUUCGCAGGAUUUCGGAUCAGGAGACUUCUGCUGCGGGGCAAGAAGGGAGGACCUGAGUUUUCUGUUUGAGUCUAACUAUGCUGGAACUUGCAAGAAUCUGUUAAAGUUGCAGAACUCAAUAUUCAGCACCAACAGAACAGAACAGAUUUGGGGAUACAAACAUCACCCCAAGACAGAAUCCUAUAUAAUAUUUAUUUUGGGGCCAGAGAAGGCUGUCUGCAUAUAAUCUGUGACCAGGUGAAACUGAUACCAGACAUUUGCUUGUAGCAAGCAGAGUUUUCUACGUUUGUUGUCACAGACAUCUCAUUAAUUCCGAGACAGGAACUGGAUCUGCCAUGAUCAGAGCAGGAUACCAGAGGAAAAGCACGUGGUCACACAAAAGAAGCCAAAUGUUGUCAUGCUACUGUAAUUUAUUUUCUGAGAUUACAUCCCCAUUUUUUUUUGUUAAACCCUUUUUAUUUGAUAAAUGUCUGGGGCAUUGCCUGUGUGUUUUUAUAAUAAGUCCUUGGAUGCAGUUGUCAAUCAUUAGGAGGAGCAUUCUGGUGGAAGUUGAUCUCCAGUGAGACACAGCCUUCUCAGUCCAGAUUUCAGGGAAUUGUGCUUUGUUCAGUUCUCCUUUCUCUUUCAGCUUGUCCCUCUGUGGCCCCCACAUUCCUCGUGUGCAGGUGGUGCCAAGGACUGGUGCCCAGCACAGAGGCACUGUCACACCCUGCCCAGUGUCUUCCCAGGCUCCCCAAAGCAUGGCCUAUGUUUGGCAGUGUCCAUCCCACCUGGCAUUGAGGGAAAGGAUAAAUUUUCACUUGUAACCUGGCUGGGGGCCACAUCCUGCCCUGGGGUGUGCAUUUCCAGCUCCCCAGGCAUUGACUACAGAGGAACUCAAGUGUGGACUGUGCAGGGAUGAGUGGGACCAGUGUCCUGCUGUGUGAGGUGACAGUGAGUGGACAAAUUGGGGGUAAUUCACUGCAAACACUUUGUCCUUGUAGGGUCUUGCUCUGCCCCUUUUUUACUGUACAGACUUUUCAUAGAGGGAAAGCUGUUAAUGAUCCCUUGAACAAAGCAGAGAAAGAGGCAACUUCCUUCCUUUCUCAAGUACAGCACAUCUUAAAUGUAGAAAUAUCUGCAAUAGAACAAGUUACUUUGAAUUUAACCAUUUCCAACCAAAACUACUUUGAAGAAAUGAGAGCAAUAUAGGUCUAGAACUGCUUUAUAUGGGCCUGACAAACAACAGUAGUGCUAAAAAAAUGUUCAUAAAUCUGCAAGUAAUGAAAUGCAAGCUGCAAGGUAAUAAAAAUCCAGCUAAAAGUUGAUUCUUUAAAAUUGACAUUUAGACUAUUUUUUGUAUUAUUCUUAACCUAUAAAUUACUGACCAUAUAAAGGAUAAAGCAGGAGCCUUGAUGCAUAGCUUGAAAUCGUGCCUAGAAAGUAAAUAGCUCCCUGUUUUGGGACUUGCCUUAAAAUUGUCCUGUUCUUGCUUUUGCUCAGCCAGUGGCACUGGUGACCUGUCCCACCUUGAGCAGCUCAGAGCCUGCAUUCCAUCCUUUGUGCACUGCAGGAGCUGUUUCCUUUCUCAGUGCCCUGCUUCUCCAUCUCUGCUGGCACCCUGAUCCCAGCUCCAUCAGUUUCUGUUCCAUGGGGUGCCUGAAGGCACUGAGGGAUCCAUUUCUUGUCCGUGGCCCUGUGAACAAAACUGUGCAAUACUUUGGGAUGUUUUCACUUUGCUUGGGGGAGGGUGGUGGUGAAUGCUGGACACUUCCUAGGUGAAAAUCCACUGGAAUUGCAGUCCAAUUCACAAAAUUAAGAGGGAAACUGGAAGUUCCACAGAAUUCUGUGCACAUUCAGUUGCACACCUUAAAGAUUGGGGGUAAAAAAAAAAUUGUCUGGCUUUGUCCUGAGGCUCUUAUUGUGUAUAUUGUUCACUGAGAAAAUCAGAAAAUAACACUCCAGGUGGUUGAACCCUGUGACUUGGCAAAUGUGUGCGUGUGAAAUCCGGUUUAUUUGGCUUUUCAAAUCCUUAUGUUGUAAUUUUUUUUUAUGUGAAAAAAAGAAUAAACUAAUGAAUUAAAGUCUUAGUUGAUUAACUUGUCUAUAUGUCAGGUUUUUUUCACAUGUAUUUGGGUG